AUGAUACCCCGGCUAUUCUGGCUAUUCAUUGUCUUCGGUUUGGCAUCAGCUAUUGGCGAAGAUGACUUGGUGCAAAACCUGCCCGGCCUGCAAUUCCCCGUCAACUUCAAAACCUAUUCCGGAUAUUUGAACGCGAACCAGAAUGGCACCUGGAAGAUGCAUUACACGCUCACUGAAUCUCGCAACAACCCGGCAAGCGAUCCCUUGCUAAUUUGGUUCAACGGCGGCCCGGGUUGCUCCUCGUUCGCUGGUCUGUUCGAAGAGCUCGGACCCUUUUAUGUGAAUCAAGAUGGAGCUACUCUCUACGAGAAUGUUUACUCGUGGAAUGCCCGCGCCAACGUGCUUUACCUCGAAUCACCAAUCGGCGUGGGCUUCUCCUACGAUACGUCCGUCACAAACUUUACUACGGCCAAUGAUGAUCAAACAGCCGAUCAGAAUUAUAUGGCAAUCAAGGAUUUUAUCACGAGAGUACAACCAAAGUACGCAAACCGUACGUUCUACCUGUCCGGCGAAUCAUAUGCUGGUAUCUACAUUCCGAUGCUGUCCAAAAGGCUCGUCGAAGGGAUUAAUGCGAAUGAUUUCCCCAACCAAAACUUCCAGGGAGCCGCCAUUGGAAAUGGGUUUAUGAACGUCCCCUAUCUGCAAAACUCGUUAAUAUUGUGGAGUAUUGAUUGGGAUCUGAUAAAACAGAAUUGCAAGGGCGGAGCCACCGACAUGGACGAAGUCGACUUUUCCCAAUACUUCGCAUCGACCAAUAAGAUUGAUUAUGGAAGUGACGGAUCGUACUGCGGCAACCUCACAGGCCCCUGGCUUGUUCUGCCCGAUAAUAUGGAUCAGUACAACUAUUACGAAGAUUGCUAUCUCGGAAGUUCGGUGAAUGUCGUGAAUACAACAUUAGCCACUGGGACGGAGCAGCGCCCGGAGAUUGCAGGCAAGAACCUGAAAAGAGUCUUUGGUGGACCGCGCCGUUUUGGACUCGACCCCAAUACAGCUAAAACCCUCAACUACGACUCGACCGACAACCAAUGGGGAUACGCGUGUUGGAAUGAAGAUGCCCUCUUCCGCUGGGCAAAUCGUCGAGACGUUCAAAAGGCACUAAAUAUUGACGAUGAUUGGCAGAAACGGAAAGAUGACAAUGGAAAACCAUACCCCUGGACCGAUUGCAACAUGGCCAUCUACAACUCAUACGUGCUAACUUAUAGCAAGACCAACCAAUUCUUUGAUUACGUGCUAACGAAUGUAAAGACCCAAGAUUUUCGCUUCCUUAUCUAUAAUGGUGACGUCGAUACGGGAACGCCGCGUGAUCGCUGGUGGUUCAGAAACCAGGUCGCUGGCUUCUACCAAAGAUAUCAGAAGGACAAGAUGACCAUCGAUGUGCUGACGGUGAAGGGAGCUGGACACAUGGUUCCAAAUGAUCGCCCGGGGCCUUCCGUCCAAAUGAUCACCAACUUCAUGUUCCCGAGCCCGAAUAAUGGAGCCGUCGAUUAUUCCUACGACCAAUGGAUUGAUCCUACCAAGAAACCAGCAGAGCUGCCUACUACGAUAAACGGUGCUAGUCCUACCACAAAGCCAACAACUGGAAUUGCUGGUGGGACGAUUACCACGGAUAAGCUUCGUCACCGCCUUACUAUCGUCUUUCUGAAGAUGUGGCGUAAUAUCCGCAAGAACAAGAGUUCU